AUGUACCCGUUCCUACACCUGCUGAACGACGGCUCAUUGUUCAUCUUUGCGGAUCGUUCGUCUGAGAUCUUCAACGUCACAUCGAACUGUACUAUCAAAACUAUGCCUGAUCUGCCUGGAAUGCACAGAACCUAUCCAAACACUGGCGGAAGUGUAAUGCUUCCAUUACAUAUGGAAAACAAUUAUGAACCUGAGAUCAUGAUCUGUGGUGGAGGACAAGCACAGGCUGUUGAUAGUCGGUGUGAUGCUACCUGUGGUAGGUUGAAGCCGUUCAGCGUGGAGCCAAGAUGGCAGAUAACCGCUAUGCCUGAACCACGAGGAAUGGUUGAAGCUGUAUUGCUUCUUGACGGCACAGUCCUCUGGCUCAACGGUUGUCAGCAAGGAGCACAAGGAUUUGGCUUAGCCACUGAACCAGCUCUUGAAGCUUUGAUAUACAACCCGAGAAGAGGCAACUGGUCGAUCUCUGGAAGAUCAGUCAUUCCAAGAUUGUAUCACUCGGUUGCGUUAUUAUUGUUGGAUGGGACUGUGCUCAUUGCUAGAAGCAACCCCAACGAAAUGCCGAUAACGAUGAGUCAAGUCGAUGUUCGCGACCAGUCCAAGGCAUUUCCCACUGAUUUCAGGGUCGAGAUAUACACUCCAGUGUAUCUGAGAGGUGCAAAUGCAUCUAGCAGACCUACUGACAUCAAACUAUCGGAUCGAACAUAUACUGCCAAUUCCACGUUCGAAAUCGAGUUCAUCAUCAGGAGCAAACUCGAAACUCUGGAUAUCAUUUUGUACUCUGGGGGCUUUGUCACUCACUCUGUACACAUGGGACAAGUUAUGAUAUAUCUGGAGCAUAGCGGCUGGCGGGUCUCGAAUACCGGUCAAACGAAGGUAAAGGCUUGCAUGCCAAAAGGAGUCAAGAUUGCACCUGGACCGUAUGUUGUUUACGUAGUUGCAAAUGGCGUCCCUGGGAUCGGCGAAUUUGUAACGUUCAAGCUGUAA